AUGGCUUCCCGCGUUUGCUGCCCGGCCGAUCAGGUGGCGAUUCCGUGGCAGAUCUCGGGAGGUCCGGAGGUCACAGGACCGGUCACAGGAGGACCUAUGCCCGAGCCGCCCGUCCCGGAGCCGUCGUCACCGCUGCCAGAACAGUGCGGUCUGCCCCGAGAGACCGUACGAUUCAUCAGGCUUAAACGCAGCGCAAACACGCCGACCUUUGACUUCGAGAUGGCUAGACCGAUACCGCAACUAGUCGCAGAGCUCUCCACCGAGCCACCGAUCCAGGCAGCCGUGGGAGGCAUCAACGCCAUUGUGGGCAAGUGGCCGUGGAUGGUGCUGUUCGGCCGGUGGACGGACGCCGGUCUGGGCGGCUGGUUCUGCGGCGGCACCCUCAUCACCGACCGGCACGUGCUCACGGCCGCCCACUGCCUGCGACCAGAGGAGGCCGGCACCGUCGGCGCGCGCAUCGGUGACAACGACCUGAACCGGCUGGACGAGGUGGAGCACCAGCAGCGGAACGUCUCCGGCAUCGUGCGCCACCCGCAGUACGUGGGCGCGCAGAACGACCUGGCCGUGGUGCGGCUGGCGGCGCCCGUCACUGUCACCAGGGACGUGUCGCCCAUCUGCCUGCCGCCGGCCGGCGCCGACCACGUCGGACGAGACGUGGAAAUGGCCGGCUGGGGCCUGCUCGAGUUCGGUGGGAACACUUCGGACAUUCUGCAGGAGGUGGCCCUGCGCGUGGCCGACCCAUCCGUCUGUGAGACCGCCUACCGGCGCGUGCCGCAGUUCGACACUCGCUUCCCGGGCGGUUUCCAGGGCACCAAGGUGUGCGCCGAGAGCCGGGACGGCGAGCCGCGCGACGCGUGCCGCGGCGACUCGGGCGGCCCGCUAAUGGUGCGUCUGGAGAACGACACCUACCAGCUGGUGGGUGUGGUCUCCACCGGCGUCGGCUGCGGCAACCCCGAGUUCCCCGGACUGUACACCAAGGUGUCGGCCUACAUCGACUGGAUCCUCAGCCAGCUCAGUGCGGUGCUUUGA